ACAGCUCUGUUGCUUGCAAAAGAUGUCCCAGAGAGGAAGUUGUCAUCAGAGGAGGAGGAAGCCAAGCGUAUAGCGGAGAUGGGGAAGCCAGUGUUGGGGGAGCAUGCUAAGCUGGAGGUCAUCAUUGAGGAGUCCUAUGAGUUCAAGAGCACCGUGGACAAGCUGAUUAAGAAGACUAAUUUAGCAUUGGUGGUCGGCACCAACUCCUGGAGAGAACAGUUCUUGGAGGCCAUCACUGUCAGUGCAGGAGAUGAGGACGAGGACGACACAGGGGAAGAGCGACUCCCUUCCUGCUUCGACUACGUCAUGCACUUUCUGACGGUGUUCUGGAAGGUUCUGUUCGCCUGCGUCCCGCCCACGGACUACAUGAGCGGCUGGGCGUGCUUCGUGGUGUCCAUCGCCAUCAUCGGCCUGCUGACGGCCGUCAUUGGCGACCUGGCGUCCCACUUCGGCUGCACCAUCGGCCUCAAGGACUCCGUCACUGCCGUGGUGUUCGUGGCGCUUGGCACUUCUGUCCCUGACACGUUUGCCAGCAAGGUGUCAGCGGUCCAGGACUCGUAUGCCGACGCCUCCAUCGGGAACGUGACGGGCAGCAACGCCGUCAACGUGUUCCUGGGCAUCGGCGUGGCGUGGUCCGUGGCCGCCAUCUACUGGCACUCCCAGGGCAAGCAGUUUGUGGUGGACGCCGGCUCACUGGCCUUCUCCGUCACCCUCUUCACCAUCCUUGCCUUCCUGGCCGUGUCCGUGCUGCUGUACCGGCGCCGGGCCCACAUCGGGGGGGAGCUGGGGGGCCCGCGGGGGCACAGACUGGCCACCUCCGCCUUCUUUUUCAGCCUCUGGCUGCUCUACAUCCUGUUCUCCAGCCUGGAGGCCUACUGUCAUAUACAGGGCUUCUGAGGCCCUAAUCUGGCUGCCCAGGAACGCCUCGGCCCGUGAACACGGAAUGAAAACGAAACGGUUCAAAGUACAACUCCCGAAACGAAAAGUGUGGAUUCUCAAGUGUGGAAAUUGCUCGGUCGCUUACAAACGUAAAGAUGGAAAGAUAAGGGGAGGACGUGGGGAUCACUGUCCAACCCUGCCCCACCUCCCUGCCUCCCUCCUCCUCUCUCCCACCCUCUAGGCUCUCGGGACACCCAGGAGAGCGAGGCCUGCUCCCUUGAGAGGCUCAGAGCCCAUCUGGUCUAGCCUGGGUGUGCUUACAUCCCGGGGGGGGGGGGGAGGGCUGUGAGGACCAAGCUCUGGGAGGGGUCAUUCCACAGGACCACCGCAGGCCCAGGCUGAGAGAUCUGAGCUGUCAAGAGAUCUAUAUUUUUCUCAACACCUGAUGAGAACAACUUUUUUUAAAUGAAGUAUUUUGGGGAUAAAAAUGCAAACAAACAAAGAAACAAAAAAAAACUACCAAAAAAAGGAAUCAAAUAAACUAUUUUCUGAUCUAUAUUAAGGAUGACAAAAUAAUAAUUCUAUCAUAAAGGAAAAAUGUUGUUGAAAGACAGUUGAAUGGACUCAUUAAAGUAUUUAUUUUUUAUUUGAAUAGUUUCCUAAGGCUCGCUGCAGUUUUCAGAUUUCACACCGACAGGAGGAGCAACAACAUCAUACUGGCAUAACAACUCAGCAGUCCAGCAAGGCCGAGCAGAGGUGAAGGAGAGGAGGAACAUUAGCAAACUGCCCUGAGCAUUACUGCAGUACUAUAUACGUAUCUAUAUAUAAUAUAUUUCCAUAUUUUCUGUAUAUUUUGAAUAUUUAUUUCAAUGUGCAUUCACAUUCAGCAGUGUCAUCCGAGGAUUGCUGUGGCUUGGGGGGGGGGGGGGGUCAUGUAUCAUGAAUACAAAAACGAUGUCUUCACAUUUUUAAGAGUUGUAUAUCUUAGCUUGUUAAAGAAGUGCGUUGUACUUUAUUUAUUAAUAUUUCGGUCUCACAUUUUGAAUCAGAUAUCCCAAAAACGUGUUUUGCUGCGGGGAAAGUCUGAGGUAUUUUUAUACUGUUUCUUCCAUGCACUUUGAUGUGUAGUCCUAUUUAUGGAAACUCUUACUCGCACAAACGUGCAAAGCGGCCAAUAGUGACUAGCCUACUACAAAUCUGCUGACUGUCAGGAGCACCUGCAACUGCUGCAUCUACAGUUGGGCAAGAAGACAGGAAACUGGAACAGGGAAACGUUUGUGAGGAGUUUGGCUCUCAAAGAUUAACCCUAACUAAGGCUAACCUAAACCAUUUGGUUCAGUUUAAUUUGAUCAGUCAAGAUGGUGGGUGGAAAUUAAGGUGAUGAUCUGUAAACUGCUGCUAGUAUGUGUUUGAAGACAGCAACUAGACUGAGUUUGGAGAGAAAUAGGCAUUAUUAAAAUGCUGUUAAAUGCCUAAUAAAACUGAAACAGUGAGGGCGAGAGAGAAAAUGUCUGAAUAUUGAUUUGAAACUCCUAACAAUCACAUAUUUAUAAUUUGCGUGAAAUUUUUUACUGACAUAAUCAGUCAUCGUUGGCUCAAAUCAGUAUGAGAACCAAAGAGAAAUGUUAAAGCAUUUUUAAAGGGCGACAGGAAGCAGCAGUAACACUCUUUGGCCAGUAGGGGGAUGUCGCUUUCUUCUGCUCCACUUUUCAUGACUUCCUGUUUGUGAGUUGUCCUUCCCUGGCGGUGAGCAGACUUGUACAUAUGUACCUGGUUACUGGAGAGAGACAGAGCAGAUGAUCUCCCCAGGCCAAGGACAAUACCUGCUCUCUCUGUCUGAUCUCUCUCUACUCUCUGUUACACCUGCUCUCUUACUGCUCACUCUCUCUCUUUCUGCUCUCUCUGCUCUCUGGCAAAAGGGCACUAGCUGCUGUUUGAGUGUAACUGAGAAGAAUGGACCCAUUAUUUUCUCUAAAACACAAUACGACUGAAUUUAGAUUCAACCACACGUCAAAACAAGUAGUGAUACCAAAAACAACAGUUACUCAAUUUUGACCAAAUGGCCAGUUGCUGCCCCUUUUGCUUGGGGGUGCAGAGGGCAUGUCAGCAGAAGUGUGUACGCAUCAACACACAUCUCUAGUUUGUUUACAUGGAGGCUUCGUCAUGGAAACAGACAACGUACAUGCUAACUGUAUCCUGGAGAAACAGUAACAAACAAAAAUAUACUGUAUGUUUUGGUUGUGUUCUUAUUAUGCGACCUCAAAUGAAAGGAUGUCAUCCAGUGGUCUUAAGUUCUACUGUCCAAGGUUAUUAUGGGGGGGAGGCACUGUCAAUUAUUGAUCAUUGAUUCUUUGGUAGCUAAUCAUUGUAUUUAUCCUGUUUCUCUGUAUGAUUUUAUUUGAGAAGAAUCACACAUUCUGUGUGUAGACAGGAUUCAUGUCAUGAAUGAUGAUCUACAAUACAUCUCAUCUGAGUGUGGAUGUUGAGGUAUUUGUGUGUGUGAUUGGGUCUGUGGUUGUGUAUGCGUGUGUGUGAGUGCUCGUGUGGGUGUGUGUGUGAUGGUGUAUUUGUGUGUGUGUGUGUGUGUUUGCAGUCAGGAUGUGUCUGGUUUUGAGUAUUUCAACCUUCAUGCUGCUGUCUGCCUGUCCUCUACAGCAGACUUGCUGUCUUAAAGCUACACGUCUUCAAACUUGUUCCAUGUGGGUACAGCUCAGUAGGAGAGCUCACAGGUUCUUGUGGGACACAGUUUAGAUGUUCCGUGAGAUUCCGACACCACAUGCAGAGAAUUCUGUUCUCGAUUCUGUUUUGGGAGAGGAAGGAUACCUUUUACCCAGCCAGUCACCCAAAUACCAACAAUGAUCUCAUUCAAGAAGAGUUUGUUUAGUACUUUGAGGGUAUAGAAGGGUGAGACUGACAGGUGGGCAGCCACACUCCCACUCCAGCCCCUCCUUUCUCCAAGUCGCUGCCACAUAAUUGUUGCCAUAGAUACUAGACUAAGUUAACGUGUUUCAGUAAUCUCUAAGUAUGAUGAAGUCAUUGCCACCAUGCACUUGAUUACACUAAGUAUACCUGAGAGUAUAGAGAGAGAUGUAAUCUAUCUGACAUGCAUUGGAACACAACAGUGUGUGGUUAUUGUGUGCAUUCAUAUUGCUGUUAUGAGUACUCAGCUGGAGGGUACAGAUAAUUGCUUUGUUUACAUUUUAUAGAUCAACAAAGAUUUUACCUUCAAAUACCAGUAUUCUGUUAUUUUAUUUGUUCUUUUUUUUUUGGCCAAUCAGCUUUAUUGUAACAUUGUUGUAUUUACAGUUCACCAAUAAAACUGUUGGUGAUUCUACAGCAGAACAGCCCCCCCCCCCCCCCCCCCCCCCAAGUGAAGGCCUUGGUGCUGCCUGCUAUCUAAGUCAAACAUGGCCUGGCAGGAUCUUUAUCAUUUCACCUAAAUCCACACAUUGCUGAGAGUGGCGUCCCAAACCAACUCUUCCUCUUGCAGUCUCAUAUCAGAAGAACUACAAUCAUGUCUACCAACCCGCAGCUUGUGAACCAGGUUGUAAGCUCUGUUCCACAUCGGGCGAGACUCAUUUAAAAUGUCACCCACUCCAUCCACAAGGUGUUGACUCUUUCAAAUGUUUAUUCCGCACAAGUACUUGAUUUCAGUGUGAAACAUAAAAAUUGCAUUUCUCUGUCUAACUUAUGUCAAAACAGUCCUUAUAUCUAUAAAUAUAUAUAAUCAUGUCUUACCACACAAUUGUGGGUUUCUUUAAGGAACAGACUGGAAUUCAAUCAAACCUGGGAAUCCUUCUAGAUUCUACUCGGUAAAACCAGCAGAAUCUCUCAGAGGAGGCUGAAAUGUCAUUAGUCCAAUCGAAACACAUAGCAGUUCAUUUGAAUAGAAGAGAAGGGCUUUGAUGGAAUUCCAGUUUUGCACACAACACACAUGGUCCUGUUCUGUACUUCACGGAAGGUUGUGGGACUGCUCAAUUGAUUGUUUUGUUAAGUUGGUUGUUUUUUACUCCUUGCUAUGAAUUGUUUGUUUUUAUUUCAGGGAAUUAUGCAUGAAAUUAACCUUAAUUUAAUUCAUUUAUGCCAAGUUGUUUAUUUUAUUUUUUGGAGUCAAUAACAUAAUAAAGGAGACUAUUUGA